AUGGCCAAAGUGCUAGACUUUCAGCCUCAUGCCGACGACGACGGUGAUCGAGACUUUUCCGAAUCCGCAGCCUGGGCGGGAUUUCGAAAUCGCGAUCAACUGCCCGGAGUUCACCUCGGUGUGCCCGAAACAGGGCUCCCCGACUUCGGCGAGAUUCGUGUGACUUAUGUGCCCGGCGAGCAAUGCAUCGAACUGAAAUCGCUGAAGUACUACCUGAUCGAGUUCAGGAACCGCGGCAUCUUCUAUGAGGCUGUGACCAACGAGAUCCUCGACGAUCUGGUCGCUGCGUGCCAACCACGCCGCAUGACCGUGGUCGGCGAUUUUGCGCUCCGCGGAGGCAUCAAGACCGUCGUCACGGCCUCCUACGAAGCCCGCCAGUAG